AUGCGAGCGCGGUGUCCUAUCGCGAUCCGACGGCUGUCGAAGCAACGGCAGCGAGGAGCAGUGGUAAGGCGGCGGACUGGGGAUCACGAGGUCAUAGGUUCAGUGCCCACGCUGUGCAAACUUUUUUUGCAAUUUCUCCUUUUUUGGAUACUUUCGUCUAACUGCUCCUUUUUUGAGUUUUGAGGCGUAUAAACACGAAAAAACUGCGUUUUGAACCUAUUCCAACCGCUGAAAUUCUUUUUGUCGCAAAUUUUUUUCAUGAAAUUUUCCGUGAUUUUCCAUGUGUAUGAGCAUGAGUUGGAGUGUCAAAAUUUUCAGAAAAAAUUUUUUGGUUUUUUUUUUCUUUUUCCAAAAGCUGUCUGAACCGAAUUCAUCACAGCUACGCGGAUAGAUGAUGCGGAAAUUUUUCAAUGAUUUUUUUCAGACUGCGGUGCUCACUUACCUCUUCACGAGAAAAAAAAAUCACCCAAAUUUAAUUCAGGUUUUUGCUGAAACUUUCAAGGAGGCUUCCUUUGAUCCGUGAAUAAAAUUAAUAGGAAAAAACCUCACUAAAAACUUCCGUUCAAUGAAAAUUUUAAAAGGUUAUAGUCAGACUUCGGCGAGUCAAAAGAUCCCAAAUAAAAAAAGAAAUUGGAAAUAAAAAAAUAAAGUUUCUUUGAGAUAUAAGUUUUUUUGGACAUUUUCAAUCUUUUUCCAUUUGGGGCAAAUCGCGGGAAUUUUUUUUUUUUUUCGGCAAAAUGCGAUGGUCAUAGGUGAGCCCACUGCAAAUAACGAAGGGUUUUUAAAGAAAAAAAUUUUUUUUCUGUGGUCGGUCAGCGUAGCUCUGAUGAAUUCGGUUCAGACAGCUUUUGGAAAAAGAAAAAAAAAAACCAAAAAAUUUUUUCUGAAAAUUUUGACACUCAUGCUCAUACACAUGGAAAAAUCACGGAAAAAUUUCAUGAAAAAAAUUUGCGACAAAAAAAGAAUUUCAGCGGUUGGAAUAGGUUCAAAAACGCAGUUUUUUUUCGUGUUUAUACGCCUCAAAAACUCAAAAAAAGGAGCAGUUAGACGAAAGUAUCCAAAAAAAGGAGAAAUUGCAAAAAAAGUUUGCACAGCGUGGGCACUGAACCUAUGACCUCGUGAUCCCCAGUCCGCCGCCUUACCACUGCUCCUCGCUGCCGUUGCUUCGACAGCCGUCGGAUCGCGAUAGGACACCGCGCUCGCAUGCUCUUGUGUUAGGCGGGGCUUUGAAAGUUCAUAUCUGGGCUCCGAAAUUUUUUUGAGAAAAAUUCGAUGGUUUUUCGUGACCAGAGGGACAAGAUCUAUAUACCCUCCAAAAAUGAGCUCAAUCGGAGACAUCAAAUUUUUCGACUUUGAGAGCCCCUAACUUUUUUCACAGGUCUCGAGGGCAGUUUUUGAGACCAGAUUUGAAAUCAGCGUGAAAAACUACAUCUAGUGAACCUAGUCUCAUUCAGAAGUCCCACUGCGAAUGGAGACCAUUCCCUAGUUAGAAUAUCAUCUAAAUAAUGAUGAUGACCGAGCUAAAGAAGUUCAAAAAAUGAGAGCCCGCCUGAACACGCCGAAGAGACUGUCGAAAAAUUAAAUCAAAAAAUGUAAAUCAAUUCUGUUUGGAUUCACUCCAGCACUGAAAAGCUAGUUUGAAGCAGUUCCAUAAUUGGAAUAUAAUCGAAAAAUGUAUUCCCUCUGUGGAUUUUACCAAAUUGGUUAUGAGGCUGUUUUGAAAUAAAUUCUAAGGCGAAUGAGAUUUAAAAAAUAUUGAAAAAGUCAUGCCGCUGCGAAACCAGGAAAUAAAAAAAAAAAAAGAAAGCGCACAUGAAACUAUGUGAAAAGUUUCUUGUAAUAACUCCACGAAAAGCCUAUAAAUCUCUGUGCAUAAAAGCAUAGAAAUUGUGGAAAAGGACGAUUUUUCAUUCCAGCUAUGCGACGUCUUUGGACUUUUUCCGCGUUCAUUCUAGUUUUAGCUGUGAGUUUUUUUUUUGAAAUCACUUUAUUUUAAAAAGCUUUCUUAAAGGUUCUGAACAUAUUUUUUGAUUAAUGCUCUUAUUUGAAAGCUUCUUCUAUUCUUUAAGAAAAAAACCGAUAAAAAAAUCGAAGAUUUUAUUUAUUUCAGAGCGCUGAGGACUGUGGGCCGGAUGUUCAAUCGGUAAGAUCGUGAUUUUGUGAAAAAAAACGGUUUUUAAAAAAUUAGACUCAUUCUCCUUUUUUUAAUUUUAGCGCUUCCAUUACUUCAAAAUUCGUUUCGCAUUUUCAAAUAAAACUUCUCAACCUUAAAAUGUUCGCUCUACCUUACUACACGUCUAUUGGCUGACUUUUAUCAUUUUCAAACAAUUUUUUGUGUCAUACUGCCUCGAAACUGCAGAAAAAAGGCAAUACCAGCUGACCGGAUAAGGCUGGGAGCUGACUGUCACUAUAAGAAAUUUCCAAGUUUUUCUCGUCCACUGGCUGUUUUUUUGAAAAAUAAUUAUUACUAUUUCUCGUUUUUCUGUAGUUUUGCCUCAUUUUUCUGAGUGUUAAAUUAUUAAUUAUAAGUUGUGAGUUUCCAAUGCCCUUUAAUAAACUGAUCAAUCUCAGAAAGCCGAAUCCACGCCUCCAACUGUCAAAUUGACCACGUUCCAAGUCUAUCAGAAUCCUUCCACCGGCGCACAAACUUAUUUCACUGGCGACAAGUGUGUGGAAAGUGAUACGGAGCGAAUUGGCUGCGCAUCAACUCAAAAAAAAAUUCAGACGUCCCCGGGUUCCCCAAAAGGAUGACCGAUGCUCGUUGGGGCAUGAUUGCGCCCACUGAGACUGUUCUCAACGUUUGCCCGGAUCUCGUCAAGAUUUACAGCGUUACGAAUGGAGGUCUUGAAAUUUGAAGCAUAUAUCUAAUCAAAGGAAGCUGGAUCAAAAACAUCAUGAGGUCUCCAAUCGAUUAGUAUGACAAAGCAAAAAAAGGUUUCGCUGUGAACAGUUGGUAGUGUGAGGAGAAGUAAAAAACGCGAAUGAAAAAUAUUUACCGUAACCCCCGUCUUUUUUUUUUGAAUCAUUUUCACUCACUAGGGAACUAAUCAAAAUCAGGCUCAAGUAGGCGUAUCCAUUUGUAACUACGGUGGCUCAUAGAUUUGGGAAGAAGCUCUUCGAAGCAAGGUUCGAUUCCUGUCAAGUGCAUAUCUUCUUUUUUUUUCUCAUUUUCCUCAAGGACAGACAACUUUUUAAAGGCCAUGAAAUUGAUGAAUAAUAAUUUCUCUUGGUUCAGAUGACUCUCAGAAAAAAUUGCACGGGUAGAUAAAAGUCGAUUUCAGUACAUCCAGAGAACAAUUUUCCUGCAUAUAAGAAACUAUAUUAAUGAAACUUUAAAAUCUUCUCGAAUUUCGUACUUGUACAAAGAACUUUGUUUUCAAGAAAAAUUCAAAAAGAAUUGCACUUGACAGGAGUCGAACCUACUCAAAAAAGUCAAUCAUGAGACUGGCCCUCUAACCACUGCGCCAGCCCACCUCAAUGAGAGAGGAAGGUCCAGGCGCGUAGAGAACUCUUUCUCGAUUUCUUCGAGGAGCUCUUCUCAGGAGCCUAUGUAAUUUAGCAGAUAAUCUCUCUUGUUUACCCAAGUCUAUGAGCCAUCUUAGUUACAAAUGGAUACGCCUACCCGAGCCCCAGUAGUUCCCUAGUCAGUUAUAAUAUAUUGGUUAAGGACCGAAAUUCUUCACAAAGGAGCUGAACUAGAACAAAAAAAUCAGAAGUGUUACCAAUUGUAAAUUUAUUUUCCUUCAGAAGUUUUUCAUUAAAAAAAUGAAAAUUAUUGUUCGAAAGAUUGAAGAAAUGACAAAGAUUGGACCCAACAGGACUUUUCUCAAAAAAAUAUUUCCAAUUUAUAGUUAGAAUUAGAAAGUUCUUUUUAGUACUUACUUAAAAAAAUAUUGAAAUAUUUUUUUCAAUAAUUUUUUUCUUAUAUUUUUUUGUCUAUUCACAUUUCAAACAAAUUUAAUUUUUCAAAAAAAUGAACCUCAUGAAUUUUCAAGACGUGACCCGGCUGAUAACUGGCGCUGAAGUCCCACAGAAUCCGAAAGCCGUUUUUAUCGGCUUCGCUGGAAGUUGGCCCGGCUACUGCAAAUCCACCAAUGCACCUUUGGUCGAAUUCUUCUCCUCAAUUAAAAAUCGUGAGUUAUUUUAGAGACAGAAAAAAGCAAACAAAAAAUAACCAGAACACCGUAAGUUCUACAGAAUUUCCUAUCAACUUCGGUAUAGGAUUUUAAAAGCGCUGAACUAAUAUAUUAUAUAUUUAUAAACAGUAACACUUGAGUCAACGAGAAUAGAGAAAAAAUUAAAAAGAUAUACGAAAAUUGAGCAAAAAAUUAGAAAUCGUCCUUUAAACUGCUUUUUCUAAGAAUUUUGUCAACUUUUCAUCAAAAACGGAUUUUUCCAGUAAGGAGAAUUCAUUAAUAACAACGAAAAAACUGAAUUGAACUUUGUGUGGUUUUUCGAACAGAGAAAUUAUAUGAGACCUUCUUUGGAAAAAUUAGAAGUUAUGUGUGAACAAAAAAAAGUCAGAAGUAAGUGUUUCGAAUUUCGAAACUUCUUACAAAAGUUACACAUAACGUACUACUUUUUGCAGAGUACCUAUAUGUGACCAACAUAGAAGACAUGCACGCUUUGCGUGUCGACCGAAUGUAUGAAGAGUUCCGGCCGACACGUGUACUUGGCUACCUCUACAAGAAUCAGGACACCGUUACUCUGUCAGUUUGUUCUUCACUCUUUUACUCUUGUACUAAAGAGCUCUGAACAUUUCUGGAAACGUAGUUUAGACUCCCCUGGAUUCAAUUUGAAACAAGUUUUUGGUUCGCUAUGCCAAAGUUAGCCGUCGAAAAAAAAAGAUAGUUUUCAGGACCUUGAAGGUGUUGAAACUCGAGUAAAAAGCGAAAAAUGUCGAAAAUUCAGUUUUUUUUUCGCGGUUUAUUUUUAGUUUUUUUAUUUUAAUAUAAUUUAUUUACAGGCCAAACGAAAUAAAAAUGUAAAAAAAGAAAGAAGGGGAGAAUUGGCAUAAAAAGCCUGAAAUAAAUAGAUAAAAACUUUUUAUCUAUUUAUAAGUUUUAUACUAAUAAAGUUUUAGUUAUAAUUUAAACCACAAGUUAAAAAUAAAAAAAUUUUUUUACUUACACGCUCUCGAAACCGAGUACAAAAAUUUUUCAACUUUGCGCGGCCUCACGAAGAUUAGGCACCGUAAAAAAAUUUUAAUUUUUUUGUCUUAAAAAGAUUUGUUUUUUUCACUUAAAAAUCGAAUUCGAAAAUAAAAAAAGGCGCCAACGACAUGGAACAAGGUUAAAAACCUGAAGAAAAAAAGUAGUUUUGGUUUUUCGUACGACACUCCGCUAAAACGCUUCGAAAAUCGGGUGAAAAGUAUAUGAGAUUGAAGAGGAAGGUUUUCUCUAUGUUUCCACUAAUUUUCUCUGUGUUUGGUCCAGUAUUGUGCUUUUACGAAAACAUCAAACACGAAAUCUAAAAAACCAGUGCAUUUCACCAUCGCAAAAAGGAGCGUGGCUCUGCGGUCUCUAGAUAAAAGGCACUUGAGGCCCUCACGAGCCUCUGACCCAGUAUUGAAAGAUGAUAAGGUAAGAAUAAGAAUCGAGGAUUGAGUUUAAAAAAAGUAAAUAGAAAAGAAAGCAUUAUAAGAUAUGACACAGCGGUUCAAAAUUUAUCUCACUAUUUAGUUGGAUUUCAGAAUCAAUACUUGAAAAAUUUUAACUAAUCAUUUUUUUUUCAGUGAAGGACCGUGGGGCGCACCUCAAAACAGCGUCGUCUAUGUAAGAUUGACCACACAAGAAAAAAAAAUGAAUUGACUAAUGAAUAAUUUUUCAGGGCCACAUUCCGGUACCGAUGAAUCCGAUCCGAAGAGUUUUCAAGGCCAACGCCCUUCCAGCCUACACAACUGACCCGACUUCCAUGAAAGUCUCGGGUAAAUUAAUGAAAAAUUAGAUCUUAAAGUCCUUUUGCCGCGACGUGACAGUUUUCGAGUGUCUGCGUCUCUCAGGUCACUGGAAAAUGAAAAUGAAAAUAAAUAAAAAAUUUUGAAUCAUUUUUUUUUUCGAAUACUGAACUGUAAAAGUCUCUAAGAAUGGAAAGGAACACAGAAAACCAAAGGGAAAAAUAAAACUAUCAUAAUUUGUUGUUCAAGUUCUAGAAAUAUUCAAUUCCAGGCUUCGUGUUGGAUGAUUUCGUCAAGUCUCAAUAUUCUCUGAUCCAACCAACUGUAGAUAUCAGUCAAUUGGAGCCCAUUUGUGGUCCAUUGGUCCUUCUACAUGAGACUUACAACAAAGACUUUAAUGGUUGAGUUUAUUUUUAACGAUAUUUUAAGGAAUGAUAACUUUCUUGGAUUCCAGGGGUUUAUCGAAUUCGAAACCUCAACAGCUUCCCAUUGAUGCCCGUAGAAAAUGUGAGUUUUUUCCCGCCAAUUUGGGGGCCGUUCUACCUGCGGCCGCUGUAUAAAAGUCCUCAACUUUUACUUUGAAGCUGUUGCGAAAAUCAAAAAAGCCCAAGAGGAUCCUAUCCAAAGACCUCUUUCGUGUCAUUCUAAAUUCUUAACCGCUGCUCCAAGCUGACAAACGAAAAACAUUAAGAAUGAGUAUCCGUAAACAAAUAUUAGUGAUGUAUGAUAGUUUUCAGUCAUAAGUAAAAAUGAAAAAAAAAGUCCAAUAGGAUCCGUUCCAAAAGCCUCAUGGGUCUCAUUUCAGACGCUUAUCCACUACUCCAAGCUAAAAUGUCAGGUUGAAUUACAGAUAGUCCGUAAAAGCGGCUACCUCUUCAAAGACCAGAACAAGGCCAAAGACUGCGUCGGAUACACGGCGCCCGUGUUUGAAUAUCAACAAACUGUAAGAGAAAUCCCCUCUUUGGAAUUAUGCAGGAUGUGUGCGUAGCGGUCGCGAUGCGUUUUGGCAGAAAUUAAAAAAUUAUGGAAUUUCUAUGAGAACGCCGGAAGUGUCGGAUAGACUUCAUGAAGAAGUAUUUCGUACAUCUUGAGGAAUCCUAAAAAAUAUUAAAGGCGUUUCCUUGUGUUGUGAGUUAUCAAAUUUAGUCUACAGGAAACUUAAGAAAAAUCCGAAAAUUUGGGUUGGCGCCAAAAACGCAUCGCGACCGCUUCGCACUCGCACUUAGCCGUCACAUCAUGUUUCUUAGAAACUAAAUAGUGAUCCUUAUAAGGAGACUUUAUGUUAGCCCUUGAGGAACUACUAUACGAACCCCUGUAAGAGCCACUAAAGCUUGCACUAGAGGCCCCUUAAAUCCUUAUUGAGACCCUUUUGAGGUCCUUAACACGCUGUCUCUGUAAUUUUCAAAAGUUUUCAAAAAGAGUGGGUACAAUAGAAAAAAUAUGUUUUGAUUUCGAUUAAACUUCACCCACUUUGAUAGUCUGUCAUCAGGAAUGCCGACGCAAGUUUUCAGACCGAUUCCUCCUACCGUAGCUAGGUUACGGUAGGCAGGUGCGUCUUUUCGUAUGUAAGAAUCUACGCGUUCUUUCUAGGCGUAUUGUAUAUCAAUCGAUAGGAAUUGCAAUUUUAGGAACUUUUUCAGUACAUACCAUCAUGGGUUACUGUAGAAAUUUUUUGAGUUACGGUAAUUUUUGUGUCUGCGAUUUUGGUUUUUCCGUCACUCUGUGUGUUCGGGGAGAGACCACGGCUGGUAACUUUCCUGAAACAUUCUUCUCAGCAAUACCUACGAAGAAAUACCACUUUGAAAUGGAUCUGUCCUACCGGUCAUUUCGAAAAAUCGCUUCGAAGAGGCUCAACUUGGCAUUUCUCGGGGAAAAUCGCCCGCGGUUAGAGAUUUCUACCUCUCUUUUCUCGUCAGAUCCGGUGCUAAAGUUUGUUUCAUUUGUUAGUGCAGGGUUGUACUUCAUAGAUGAUAAUGUUCCCUCCGACUUUCAGCCUACCCUUCUAACAUAAAAAUUCAGUUUGAAGCCGAUUUUUGGCCUAAAAAAACAACGAUUCUCAGAUUUCAACGUUUUUUUUCUGAGCUCAGUCCUACUGAGGCUGGGCUCCAAAGUGUCUUUCAUUACUUUUACAUGUUCCAUGAGCUAUUUGAUCAAGAAAAAACUGUGUUUGAGCCUACCCGUCUAGCUCAAAAUUCAAUUUGAAGCCUAUUUUGGCCUAAAAACAACGAUUCUCAGAUUUCAACGUUUUUUUCUGAGCUCAGUCCUACUGAGGCUGGGCUACAAAGUGUCUUUUAUUACUUUUACAUGUUACAUGAUUUGUUUGAUCAGGAAAAAACUGUGUUUGAGCCUACCCGUCAAGCUCAAAAUUCAGUUUGAAGACAAUGUUUGGCCUAUUCUUGCUUGAAUCCCUGGUGAACGAAUUCAUAAAAGAGUUUCUCAGCGCCUUGAUACUAGAACGUAUUCCAAAUUUUGUGAAUGGUAUGUUUCGAGAACAGAGAAGUUCAUGAAAAUAUUUAUUUUCUCGUCAAAAUCUUCAAAGUCGAAAAGCGCUCGAAAAACAGGUUCAAUUUGGAUUAUUUCAAUCUAAAGCAAAAAUUCAAAUUUUUAAGAGACAGAUUUUUAUCUAUCAAUAAUUUCUCCAGAAGAGUGAUAUAAUAUCGAAAAACCACUGUUUCUAAGCCAGACUCGGCUUCAAGUUGAAUUAAGAGCUAGACGGGUAGGCUCAAACACAGUUUUUUUCCUGAUCAAACAAAUCAUGGAACAUGUAAAAGUAAUGAAAGACACUUUGGAGCCCAGCCUCAGUAGGACUGAGCUCAGAAAAAAACGUUGAAAUCUGAGAAUCGUUGUUUUUAGGCCAAAAUAGGCUUCAAAUUGAAUUUUGAGCUAGACGGGUAGGCUCAAACACAGUUUUUUUCCUGAUCAAACAAAUCAUGUAACAUGUAAAAGUAAUAAAAGACACUUUGUAGCCCAGCCUCAGUAGGACUGAGCUCAGAAAAAAACGUUGAAAUCUGAGAAUCGUUGUUUUUAGGCCAAAAUAGGCUUCAAAUUGAAUUUUGAGCUAGACGGGUAGGCUCAAACACAGUUUUUUCUUGAUCAAAUAGCUCAUGGAACAUGUAAAAGUAAUGAAAGACACUUUGGAGCCCAGCCUCAGUAGGACUGAGCUCAGAAAAAAACGUUGAAAUCUGAGAAUCGUUGUUUUUAGGCCAAAAUCGGCUUCAAACUGAAUUUUAUGUUAGAAGGGUAGGCUGAAAGUCGGAGGGAACAUUAUCAUCUAUGAAGUACAACCCUGCACUAACAAAUGAAACAAACUUUAGCACCGGAUCUGACGAGAAAAGAGAGGUAGAAAUCUCUAACCGCGGGCGAUUUUCCCCGAGAAAUGCCAAGUUGAGCCUCUUCGAAGCGAUUUUUCGAAAUGACCGGUAGGGACAGAUCCAUUUCAAAGUGGUAUUUCUUCGUAGGUAUUGCUGAGAAGAAUGUUUCAGGAAAGUUACCAGCCGUGGUCUCUCCCCGAACACACAGAGUGACGGAAAAAAACCAAAAAUCGCAGACACAAAAAUUACCGUAACUCAAAAAAUUUCUACAGUAACCCAUGAUGGUAUGUACUGAAAAAGUUCCUAAAAUUGCAAUUCCUAUCGAUUGAUAUACAAUACGCCUAGAAAGAACGCGUAGAUUCUUACAUACGAAAAGACGCACCUGCCUACCGUAACCUAGCUACGGUAGGAGGAAUCGGUCUGAAAACUUGCGUCGGCAUUCCUGAUGACAGACUAUCAAAGUGGGUGAAGUUUCAUCGAAAUCAAAACAUAUUUUUUCUAUUGUACCCACUCUUUUUGAGAAUUACGGAGACAGCGUGUUAAAAGUCCUCAAUUUCUAGGGAACUGGUCUGCAUUUUAUCGCCGUUGACAACACGGACGCCUCUCAGUACGCGCAGAACAACAAUACCUACACCUGGACGGCGACUCUUGGCUACGCCAGUUAUGGAAGCUAUUUCUAUACGAAAGACCCCACUGGACCGGCUAUUUAA